CCUCACCCGGAAAAGUGAUAAUUCACUCUGGUUGGCUACAGGAACAUGAAACCAUGAUUGGCUACUACAUAGUGUAGUAGUGACAAGAUUCCCUCGCCAAAGAUAUCUGCAAGCUGCAGGCAGGAGCUGAGGUGAAAUCCGAUGGAGGGGAGCGGCGGCGGCAGGCACUUCAUCCUCGUACACGGCCUCUGCCACGGCGCGUGGUGCUGGUACAAGCUGGUGCCGAUGCUCCGCGCCGCGGGGCACCGCGUCACCGCGCUGGACAUGGCGGCGUCCGGUGCGCACCCGGCGCGCAUGGACGAGGUGGAGUCCUUCGAGGACUACUCGCGGCCGCUGCUCGACGCCGUCGCCGCGGCACCGGCAGGCGAGAGGCUGGUCCUGGUCGGGCACAGCCUCGGCGGGCUCAACCUCGCGCUCGCCAUGGAGAGAUUCCCGCGCAAGGUCGCCGCGGCCGUGUUCCUCGCCGCGUGCAUGGCGUGCGCCGGCAGGCACAUGGGCGUCACCAUCGAGGAGUUCUCCAGAAGAACCCCAGCCGAUUUUUUCAUGGACAGCAAGAUCAUGGUUCUGAACACAGAUCAAGGCCCUCGGCCUGCCGUCGCGCUUGGCCCCAAAUUGUUGGCAGCGAAAUUGUACGAUCGAAGCUCAGUCGAGGACCUGACGCUGGCCACGUUGCUGGUGAGGCCGGGCUGCCAGUUCGUGGACGAUCCGUUGAUGAGGAACGAGGCUCUGCUCACCGACGCCAACUACGGCUCGGUGAAGAAGGUGUACGUGGUGCUCAAGGACGACGCUUCCACCUCCGAGGAGAUGCAGCGCUGGAUGGUCGACCUGAGCCCUGGCACAGAAGCCGAGGAGCUCGCCGGAGCCGACCACAUGGCUAUGUGCUCCAAGCCCAGGGAACUCUCUGAUGUGUUGCUCAGGACCGCCAACAAGUAUGACUGAGGAUGGUUGUGCACACCCAGCCGUACGUACAACCAGUGGCGGACCCAGAAAUUGUUGACGCCCCAGGUGAACAACUAAUGGUUAAAAACUACCCAAAAAAACUUCAAUUUCAAGGCAUAUAAGAAUCAAUCUAUGUUUUGCAUAACUAAUAAGAAACCAAACAUGAUAUUCAAUGACA